GGAAGGAAUCCAGGUUGAAAUUUCCAGGGAAUUACGCUGCGUCAAACCACACCGGGAAAGUGUUUCAGCUUUGAAAUCUUAUCCGGUGCGAAUGCGAAUAAUCCGAUUUUUAUUUGGCGACACACCUAGAAGAAAAACUUACUUUAUGUGUAGUCAUGGAGCGCACCGCAUUGGCCCUGUCGCGCAUCGAGCCCUCGCCUCGAGCAGCGCGUAAAAGCGAGUGGCUCCGGAGCGCUCUGGCCCAUCACCACUGCCCUAAUCCCGGUGCAGAGAAUGAAAUCAUCGUCCUGGCCACCGGUAUAGACCAGUACCUGCAGGAGGUCUUCCACCACCUGGCCUACCCCAACCGGGACGAUACGGUGACUGCGGAGGAUUUCACCGCGCUGUGCGCUGUGUUAGGGCUCCCUGGAGCGGGAAAGAGGACGAGGAAAGGAAAAGAAGAAAAUGGAGGUGAAGAGAAGGAUGAAGAAGAUGAAGAGUUUGGGGAUGUGUGUUCUGUGUUGCCCUGCCAGCUGUCCUUUAAAGACUUCCACUCCCGGCUAUGUGGGUAUUUCCGUGUGCGCACUGCGAGAGGCACCGGGGAGUGUGCCUUGCGCUUGCCCCUUACUGAGGACACGGAGCUGGUCGAGAGACAGAUCCGGCUCCGGUGGCCGCGUGUCAGGCGGAGAAAGUGUGUGAGUUUUGAUCUCACGAGGGACCAGAGUGAACCUGUGGACAAAUCUGUUAAAGGUCGAACCAGAGAAGACCGUGAGACAGAUGAGGUAUCAGCUCUGAGGGAGCUGGUGGAGGACCUCCGCUCAGCGCUGCAGGGGAGCGAUGCUCGCUGCCUGGCCCUGGAGGUGGCACUCCGACGAGAGAGGGGCCGCCCCCUCCCGUCUCCCUCCAGCAUUGACUCCACUGUUUCUGCACCUACAACUUCCAUCACCUUCAUACAGGGAAAGCUGGUACCGACACAGAGAAUUAAAGGACAGCGCAGAGGUGCUGGAGGGGAUGGGGCGAGGAGGGCGGCGAGGAGACAGGACAUCAGGGACCCCCUUCUGAGGGAGCUGAAGCUGAUCCGCUCCUCACGUGACGGGCAGCUGGAGGAGGCCAUCAAAUUCAAUCAGCGGCUGGAGACGGAGCUGCAGUGGGCGUACCAGGAGGUGCGCAAGCUGCAGGGGGUGGAGUCUGCACUGAGGAAGGAUAACUCACAGAUCAGGAAGCGGGCGGAGGACGCCAGGGAGGCUCUGAGCAUGGGGCUCCAGAGGGUUCGGCUGAUCCAGGAGCAGGCUCAGUCCGUGCCGCAGCUCCAGUCCAGGAUCAGCCAGCUGGAGGCUGAACUGCACCAGUACAGAUCCUGCUGUACAUGCCUCUUGGACUCGUUCCGUCAACAAAUGUAUCCAUUGGGAGCAGAAGACUCCUAUAGACAGACAGAUGCAGAGUGUCUGCAGAGGGCAGUGGAGGGGAAAGCUGCCUCUGAUGAAGAGGAGGAGGACAGGGGGACGAAGGAGAAAGGACAGUGCUGCCUGCUAGAGGUGAAGAAGCAUUUCAGCCAACUGCCCAGCUGCGGAAAAGGAUGUCAGAACCAUAAGGUCCAUCAUCUUCUCUCUCAGACUCACCUGCAUGAUAAAAACCUCACCAGCACUUCUAAAGACAGGAUGGGGCGCUGUGACUGGAGGGGACCAAACCAAGAGCAGCAAGAGGGAGGCAGAAGCUUUGACAAAGAAAAGAGGCCUGAGGAAGAGGAGGACGAGGCAUGGCUGGAGGAGAAAGAAAAGACACGUCUGUUUUUGCUGGAGGAGAAACUCACAGAUGCCCUCACACUUCUGCUGCAGCUACGCAACAAGAACAUGUCCCGCAGGGCGCUGGGGAAGAUUGUGAUGGACACUCUGGAUGUCUGCAGUAGGAGUGGAGAUGGUCCAUCCAGGGUCCUACAGGUCGCUGAUGCUCUCUGCCGCCGAUUAUCCUCUUGUGAUCUCCUUGGAGACGGAGGGGAUGAUGGAGGAGGAGAGAGCAGAGAGAAGCUCCUGGUUACAUCUACAGGUCAUCAAACCAGCAGUGCCAACCCUCUGCUCAUCUCCUGUUAAAUAAGCUACUACUGUGGUACUUUUUAGUUAUACUCUUUUUUUGUAUUUUUGACCUGUUUGCACCCGUGUACAUUUCCCAGUUGUAUAUCCAAGAUGUUGACAAUGGUUCAAUCUAUUUAAAGAUGAAUUUUAUUUACUUAAUUCAAUCUCUUAGUGUUGUAUUUUGUAUCUAUUUAAUAUAAAUGAUUAAAUAUUUUUAUCCAAACCCCUUGCUCCAAUGUAAGUUUUGACAAGUUCAGCGUCUGUUGGAGGUUUAACUUCGCACUCUGAAAACCAAACAGUAACUCAUGUUUGCAAGGCCACUCACCAUGUGAAUUGGAAAUUGUAAGUGACUGAAAUUCAAGGUUUGACAUAGAAAAUCUCUAAGGCUAGAGAGAUUAGAGACGUGGAGGAGCGUGGAGUAGAGCUGCUGCUCCUUCAUAUCAAAAGAAACCAGUUGAGGUGGUUCUGGGAUCUGACUUAGAUGGGUCCUGGGCACCUCCCAGUGGAGGUCUUUGUCAAGGUAGUAGGUUCAAUUUG